AAAAUCAUUAAAAUCGGCUCACGGUCAACGUCAACACUUAGCGAUCGGCGGAAUAAAAAAAAAAACAAUAAAUGCCCUACGUAAAGUGUGUAUCGUGGUGGUCAGUGAGCGUCCUUCGGUCAAUGUUUUAGUUUAACGCAUUCUUCAAUUGUGUAUCAAUAUAAUUUCAACGCGGAAAGCACACCACACAAACAAAUCCAGUAAAAGUGAAUUCAAUAUUAUAUGUAUUCAAAUUUGAUAUAUAAGUAAAAAAAAUAUUUCGAGCAAAUACCAUCUACUUACAUAUUUGCUUGAGAGUAUUCUAUUUGAAAACGAAUACAUUUUGUUAAUAACUAUAGUAUAUUCGAUGCAUUUAUAGAUUCACGUAACGGUUUAUCUAAAAAAAAGCAAAAGAAAAACUGAAACUGAAAUCGAAAAGAAUUGAAAUAAAAAAUAAAUAAAUAAAUAAAAGAAAUAUAAAUAAAAUACCGUGGAAUAUAGCUUUAUAACAAUAUUUUUGUUAUUGUGUGAAAAUGAGUUUUCUUUCGCUUCCACGUAAAUUUGCAAGUGAGAGUCUUCGAAAUUCCAAUACUUCCGUAGAUCAAAAUGUCAAAUAUUUGAGUUUAAACAAUAGACGAACAAGUAGAAAACCAAAUUUAUAUAGUGGAGGCUCUACAUUAUCACUUCAAGUACCACCUCGCAGAGGGAUUUUAAAUAGAAAUGGCAGUAUUUCUUCCAACUAUUUUCGUGGAGUACACAAACAUCAAUUAGAACAACAUGCUGAAACUGUAUGUCACACAAUGACCAUUGAAGAUCUUUAUGAGGAAGUUCUUUUUGAAAUUACGAACAACAUUGGGUGCGAGGCGAACGAUAUUUGCAAGGAAUCUCUCAUCGAAUUUGCUCAGGAAGCAUUUAAAAUGUCGAAUGCCAAACAUGAAGAAAUACUCGAAAUAGCACAACAAAAAGAACCUCCAAAUAUUCGACUAAAUGUUGAAAUCAUUAAGGCUGAAAAUCUUUUACCAAAGGAUGCGAAUGGAUUUUCAGAUCCGUUCGUUACACUCUAUCUGGAAUCGAAUGGUUCUCAUCGUUAUAAUUCAUCAGUUAAAACUGAAACUCUCAAUCCCAUAUGGGAGGAACACUUCUCACUGCCAAUUACAGAAAAUCCUAGAAAUGAAGUGCUAAUAAUUGAGGUAUGGGACUUUGAUGCGGCUGAGACUGUUAAAGAUAAGGUUAAUAAAUUAAUGGACGUUAAGGGAAUUAAGGGUUUGCGAAAGUUAAUGAAAGAAAUUGCCAUGACUGCAUCAACUGGAAAGCAUGACAAUGAAUUGAUUGGAAGAACAGCUAUUACGCUAAAAUCAAUACCUGUAUCAGGUACUACUGUUUGGUAUAACCUAGAAAAGGGUAAUAAAACUAAAAGUCGAGGAUCGGUACUGGUGAAUUUAGCACUUAGCGCUGAAAAAGAUAAACGUGUUGCUGUUCAAGAGCACCGACAUCUUUUGAAAUUGUUACUAAUGCAUGAGUUAGAGUCAUCGCAGGUAGCAAACUAUUGGUGGGCUGGAAAAUUUAGUGGAAAUGCAGAAGCAAUACGCUUACAACACUCCGUUCAAUCUGGACUUUCAAGUUUCGAAUGUGCUCUUAGCCAAUGGGCUGUAUACACUACAAUCCACGAAGAUCAUCCAUUGAGUUUUGGUUUAUUCAAUUCUAUACUAGACGUUGUUAUACCGAUUCUCAAGUGUCACCUCAAUGAAUCAGAGGACAUUAAAACGUUUUGGGAUGGAGUAAGACGUUUGUUGCCUUCAUGUUUUUCAAUUCUACGAAAAUUGCGUGCCAAAAAUGUUAGUGAUAAGCAAAUUGUCAAAACACUCUGUGAGGUUCUUGACAUACUAUCAAAAAUAAAUACUCUCGAAAGACCCAAAAGCAUAGAACUAUUUCCUCAUAACGUUUAUGGUUGGAUAUCUAGAAAAGAUGAUUCGGACUGUAGCAUUAAUGACGUCAUUGUUGACGCCAUACACUGCGGUACCAAGGAGUGGCUUGAACACAUCAUUGAAGGUAAUCGUCAAAAUAGUGACGAACAGUCCGACGAAGACAAUCUGCAAUACCUAAUAAAGCUAAUACAAAUGGUUCGUUCGGAUCUGCAGCGAGGAAUGGAAUACUUUGAUAAGCAUUUUUACCACAAAAUACGACUAAAUUUCUCCACAGAGCUUUUUAAAUUCUAUGAUGAAAAAGUUUCUGAAAUAGCUAAAUCAAUUGUCACCGAAGUGUGUGCUAAUAUUAAGAGACUAGAUGUACCAGAAGAUCAUUUUGAAGAGCUGCCUGACAUUGAAGAUAUUAAUAUGGGCACAACAUUGUUUGAAUUGUAUUUGGUAUUAAAACGUUUCCUGGCAUUAGGUAAAUCUCUUUGUCCAAAUGAUGAAUUGGGCGUUGAACAUUUUCACGGUUGGUUCAUGCCUGGCGUGACACAUUGGUUGGCUAUAUCUGUUAUCAAAGCUCUCAAGAGAAUUGAAAAAGCUAUUGAACUAGAUGAAUUGAAAGCAGUUGAUGAAACCGUUAAAUAUAGCUCUUCUGCUGUUGAUACUCUUGCCAUAUUCUAUCAAAUUAAAAUUUUCUGGCAACAGUUAGAUUGGCCAGAAGCAGAGGGCUCCUAUACAUUUGUGGCUAAAAUUGUCGAUGAUAUUUGCAGAUGUUGCGUAUUUUACGCCCAAAGAAUGUCACGUCGUGUAGAAUCACUAACCAGAGACAAUAGUGAAUUUUUCCAUGUAUCACCAGAAUGGUGUUUGGCUAUAAAUAAUAUAGACUAUAUACGUCAAAGCUUACCGUCAUUUAUUAAGGAGUUAGGUACAGAUGAUGUCAUUAAGCGUCUGGGUGAAUAUCGAUCUCAAUUAGAAGCAGAACGAUGUGAGGUCACACUUAAAAAUGUCAUCGAUAAUGCACUGGACACUGAGAGGAAUCAAAUUUUAGAGCUAAUUGAAAUUGUCGCAAGGAAAAUGUCUCCUCCCAUUCGUCGGUUCUUAGCCGAGGGUGCUGAGGUUCUACAUGAAGAUUCAAACUCAAUGGAGCGUCUAAUGAUGUAUUUGGAGACAUCUUUGGGCACACUCUAUGAAACUCUAAAUGAAGUUAAUUUUGCACGUGUUUUAGAUGCAAUAUGGGCAGAACUUUCGAUAAUUAUGUACGAUCUUAUUCAAUCAAAUCUUGAUAAACGACGUCCGCCAGCAUUCUUUCAAAAUUUACGUCACACUUUAGGUGUGAUGAUAUCUUGUUUCAAAACAGGACAUAUCGUUACAUCAGAUGUUGAAGUUUUAACCGAAAUAGAGCGAAUUUUGGACUUGCAUGCAUUUGAAACGGCCGACUUAAUUCAUCAGUAUUAUUUGGAGAGACUUGGUCACCAGAAAGAAGUUGCCAAAUCCGAAUAUGGUAAAUUGACUAUAAGGGCAAAUUUUACGGAAACUGGAUUAGUGUUGGAAAUUAUGAACGCCAGAGAUCUAGUGCCAAUGGACUCAAACGGAUCUUGUGAUUCAUUUGUAAAAGCACACUUUCUUCCCACAAAUCGUUUUCUGGGAGUUGCGCCUGUCAAGACCGCAGUUCAUAACAAAACUCGUUAUCCACUUUACGAUGAACAAUUUACAAUAAAAUUAACUGAAGAUCAACGUAAACAACAAAAUAGUCUGAUAUUGUUUAGCAUUAAAGAUAAGGAUUUGUUUGGUAUGACCAACCAAUAUAUUGCAGAAUGUUAUAUAACAUUUGCCGAUCUGAUGGCCAAUGAGAACGAACAAAUUCAUAUGGAACUGUCGAGACCUGAAUACACAGAUUCCGACACCAUCAGAGCCCUAGAGUAUCGUCAGGGGGAUAAGCAGGCAAAAGAUUUUUUGAAAAAACUCAAGAAUAAAUCGUAUUCAUGAGAGUUAAUUAAACACCUUAAGCGUGUUGUACUCAUUUCUCGUAAUCAAAACGGACAAUAACAAUACAUAUUAUAAUACAAUUAUAUAAAUAGAUACAUACUAAAAUGUAAAUAAAUAAUAUGCACAAUAUACAUACAUACAUACAUUAGGAGCAAAAUCAUGUAUGCAUUUUAACAGGUACAUCAACAUAACACAACCAAUUACAUUUAAUUAAAAAUAAUUGUAAUUGAAGUUUUAAAAUAACUUGCAAUUAAUUAUAAUUGAAGUUUUACCAAUUACGAUUUUAUGUAAUUAAAGUAUUACCAUUUACAUAUUAUUUCCAUAUUAUCAUUUUUAGUGGGAACAUCAGCAACUUUCAUUUUAGGACCACCCUAAUGCACAGGUACAUACAUGUAUGUACUUAUUUAUAUAUACUCGUGCAUAUUAACCACAUACAAAAGAAUAUUAAAAAAAUAUGAAGUCUACUUGCGCACAUAAAAACAUAGUAAUGUUAAAUAUCAUUAACAUGUAUAUAAAAUAUCGUUUUUAAAAUGUAUUAGAAUACAUACAUAUAUAUGUAAGUAUAUGCUUAAGAUUGAUGGAAAUUCUAUAAAUCGAAAUGUUGUUUGUAAAAUUGAGUUGUAAGAAUGGAGCAAUCCGCUAAACGUUUUAAAUAAAUCAAUAUUGUUUAACAGAGUCAA